UUUUGUUCGGACUUCUCAUCACCAGAUUUCUGACGAAAAUCUGGAAAGUCCCAGGAUGUUGGACACAUAAGGGAAAAGCCCAAAGCUCCAGUGAGAGAGACAAGUGAGAGAAAGCAGGGCAGCCAGUUCAGAAGGGAAGAAGAUAAGCACCAACUUUCUCAUUGAAGCUGCUUUCUUCCUAACUCUAAAGGAUCUCUGCUCCAGACAAAGUAACAACCUGAACAUGACCUCAGAGACCCACAUGCCAGGCCCCGUGUGCCUCAUUGAGAACACAACAGGGCAACUGGUGGUUAAUCAAGAGGCUCUGAAGAUCCUGUCUGCCGUGACGCAGCCUGUGGUGGUGGUGGCUAUUGUGGGCCUCUACCGCACAGGCAAGUCCUACCUGAUGAACAAGCUGGCUGGGCAGAAAAAGGGCUUCUCUCUGGGCUCCACGGUGCAGUCUCAAACUAAGGGAAUCUGGAUGUGGUGUGUGCCUCAUCCCAAGAAGCCAAAACACACCCUCGUUCUGCUAGACACUGAGGGACUGGGAGAUGUAGAGAAGGGAGACAACCAGAAUGACUCCUGGAUCUUUGCCCUGGCGGUCCUCCUGAGCAAUACCUUUAUAUACAAUAGUAUGGGAACCAUCAAUCAGGAGGCCAUGGACCAACUGCACUAUGUGAUAGAGCUGACAGAUAGAAUAAGAGCAAACUCCUCACCUGAUAAUAGUGAGUUAGAAGACUCAGCUGACUUCGUGAGCUUCUUUCCAGCAUUUGUGUGGACUCUGAGAGAUUUCUACCUGCAACUGGAAGCAAAUGGACAACCCAUCAGUGCUGAUGAGUACCUAGAGCAUUCAUUGAAGCUGAAACAAGGUACAGAUCAAAAAAGUAAAGACUUUAAUGAGCCUCGGUUGUGCAUCCGAAAGUUCUUCCCAAAGAGGAAGUGCUUCAUCUUCGACCGGCCUGCUCCAAGGAAAGACCUUGUCCGCCUGGAGCAGCUAAAAGAGGAAGAUCUGAACCCUGAAUUCAUCGAACAAACUAAAGAAUUCUAUUCCUACAUCCUCAGCCACUCCAAUGCCAAGACCCUCCCAGGUGGCAUCACAGUCAACGGGCCUCGUCUGGAGAGCCUGGUGCUGACCUACGUCAAUGCCAUUAGCAGUGGGGAGCUGCCCUGCAUGGAGAACGCAGUCCUGGCCUUGGCGCAGAUAGAGAAUUCGGCUGCAGUGCAAAAGGCCAUUGCCCACUAUGACCAGCAGAUGAGCCGGAAGGUGCAGCUGCCCACGGAUACCCUCCAGGAGCUGCUGGACCUGGACAGGGCCAGUGAGAGAGAAGCCAUUGAAGUCUUCAUGAAGAACUCUUUCAAGGAUGUGGACCAGAAGUUCCAGAAGGAAUUAGGGGCCCAGUUGGAAGCAAGGCGAGAAGAGUUUUGUAAGCGGAACGUGAAAGCAUCAUCAGAUCAUUGCAUGGCUUUACUUCAGGAUAUUUUUGGUCCUCUAGAAGAAGAUGUGAAGCAGGGGAUAUUUUCUAAACCAGGAGGUUACCGUCUCUUUAUUCAGAAGAAACAAGAGCUGGAGAAGAAGUACCACAAGGCACCCAGAAAAGGGAUCCAGGCAGAAGAGACGCUGAAUAAAUACUUGAAGUCCAAGGAGGAUGUGGCUGAUUCACUUCUGCAGACCGAUCAGUCACUCACAGAAAAGGAAAGAGAGAUUGAAGUGGAACGUAUAAAGGCCGAAUGUGCAGAAGCUGCGAACAAAAUGUUGAAGGAAAUCCAAAUGAAGAAUGAACAGAUGAUGGAACAGAAAGAAAAGAGUUAUCAGGAACACGUGAAACAAUUGACUGAGAAGAUGGAGCAGGACAGGGCCCAGUUAAUGGCAGAGCAAGAGAGGACCCUCACUCUCAAACUUCAGGAACAGAAACUACUUCUCGAUGAGGGAUUUCGGAAGGAGAGUGAGAAACUUCAUGAAGAGAUUCAGAAAAUGAAGAUGAGAAGCAGUUCAUCAGGCCCAUCAUGUAACAUACUCUAAAAAUUGAAGAACAAAAUUUUCUUCUCCAGCUCCUUCUCCCCAAGGAACAAGUUGAAUGAUCAACUUCAGAAUGUCAAACAACGGCUACUGAAUUAUUAUCCUUAACUGGAUCCUGUAUUUGAAAUCGUGCACUUAACUUUAGAGAUGGCUUAAAUUGGGUAAUUGGGAUGCAUUUUACAAUUGGAAGAUAUCAUGUGUGUUAUAUUCAGGAUGAGCUUUUUUCUUUCUCCUCAUAUAUACCACCCUUCUAGAUAUUCUGAGUCCCAUGCUCUUAGUCAAGGUUUUACUUCGAUCAUAGGCUAGAAUUAGUGUAUCAUGAACAUACAGAAGAUGUGAUGGGACUGGAAAAAAACAUGGGACGUGGUGGAGCAUCCCUCCUUCCAAGUGGAUUUUGGAUCACUUGCUGGCUUCAAAUAAAAGAAAUCUGGGACACAUAACUCAACUUCAGGGUGCAGACAGUGUACAGCUCUCCAUUGCAUGGAGGCUGCAUGGUCUGUGGGCACUGACGGGACUUCUGGGUACUGGCGGAGGAAGUGUUCACUUCCUGUGCAGGACAUAGCAAUGAACGGAAGCUUCACCUUCUCUGUCUACAUAAGCCCUUCAGAUAACUGCUGCCCCUUUCCCAGGCUACCUACAUCUCUCUCUUCUAAUAAUUUACUAGUUUUUUCUGUUUCCUGCUGUUUAGAGAACAAUUUCCACAAACACAUAAAGAGAAGCUUUAACUCAAAUUCAAAAUAAAUUCCUUUCCAUUCCUUUGAGGCCCAUGAUUAUAAUCCUACAAAACUUAAAAUUUGACUCCAGUUUUCUCUCUGCCCCUGUGCUAUGACACCAUAUAUUGGAAGUCACUCAGGGUAAACACCUUGCUAGGAAGGACCAGAUGACAGAAGGAAAAAUCAAGAAUAAUUCAUUGUUAGAAAACUUUAACCUACAACUAUUGUUUCAGAAUGUGUAUUAUUCAGGGUUCUUUAUGGCAAAUAACAAAAUCUUCUUGGUGAUUUAUGUAAAAAGUAAUUUAAAAAACCAUUAGGUAGCACCCAGAUACUACUGGACGGUGAAGGAAUCAAACCCUAUAGCUAUUCCACCAAGAAUAUUUCCACCGUACAGUGAAGGGACCUCAGGAGAGAACACCACAGCUACUUCAACCUGGCAUCAUGAUCUCCAGGUGAAAUGGCAGAAGCAUCUCCAAUGUCAGCUUUGAGUCAAUGAUUGCAGUAAACAAACGCCCUCGCCCAUGAAAAGUUACAUCUUUGUGUUGCUCACAUCUCCAGCUAAGUCUCACAAAAGUGGAUCUGCAUGGCAGAAUCCAUUAAAUCACUUGUCUCCCCUGGGGUAAUCUGGGAAUGAGAGUUGUCUGUCUUCUACAUAGGGAAGUAGAGACUCAUGAUGGGAAACUUUCCUCCAUGUUAAAGUCAACCAGUUUUGCCAGGUAUAUAAAAUAUAUCUGUAGAGACAGAUCUCAUAGUUGGAAUAAAAUAAGACUCAUAUUAGUCUUUUUGCAUACAUCA